UUGAAAACUAUUUUCUUCAAGUAGUGUUUCAAAUUGUAACAUUUGGAAAAGAGAUUCGUUUUCAUACUUCGAAACCCCAGGCUUACGCCUACAGAAUUACUCCCUGGGUGAGACUUGAAGAAAAGACAUGUUAAAUGCAUGCGCACGUCACUUCCAAACUCUCCUCUGGUUAACAGGGCAGCCGAAACGUUUGUCUCCUUCGCUAAGGAUGGUGCACUGCAUUACAUCCUCAUACAUAGCAGGCUACACUGCUACUACACAACACAGCACGGGUGGAGUAAGAAGUUUGAUUUUCUUUGCAGAAUUUCUUUUGGAAUGUUCUGCCACUGUACAGUACCUGAGAUGCGCGUCUCACCCGCUAAGAUGGUGACAAUAGCAUGAAUAUGGUUGCAAGCUGGUUUACACUUUUGUCUCUGCUACUUAUCUGAUAUGAUGCUUUUUUAACAGAACCUACCUUUGCCAGAUUUUAUUAUUAUUAUUAUUAUUUUCUCUUGUUGCUGCAUGAAAAUGAACAGAUCGGUGUCACUGUGCAACGAGACCGGGUUUUACAACCUUUCCUACGGCAAGUGUCUACUCAACGGGAGCUCCGCCGGGGACGCCGCUAUGGACAACGCCACGCUCAUGCACGUCCUGCCCUGUAUAUAUGGCAUACUGUGCAUCGUUGGUGUCGCCGCUAACAGUUUGGUGAUAUACUCUGUGGCAUCCUGUAAGAAUAAAAUGGUCUCUGAUAUUUACGUGCUGAACCUGGCCAUCGCUGACAUGCUGUUCUUGCUGGGAAUGCCUUUUACCAUCCACCAGCUUGUCAGAGACCGACACUGGGUGUUUGGGAAUGUCAUGUGCAAAGCGGUGACUGUGGUGGAUGUAAGCAAUCAGUUUACCACCGUAGGGAUUGUUACAGUAUUGUGCAUAGACAGGUAUGUUGCAAUAGUCCACCCAGCCUCGGAGAGGAGGACCAUCCAGUGGACCAUGGUCAUCAAUGCCCUGGUGUGGACUGGCAGCUUCCUGCUGACAGUGCCGGUCAUGCUCUACUCCAGGACCAUUCGAGUGGGAAAGGCAGAAGUGUGCGUCCUGGACCUGCCUUCCGGCCCCAGAGACAUGUACUGGUACACCCUAUACCAGUCCACCAUGGGCUUUAUCAUCCCCCUCAUCAUCAUCAGCACUUUCUAUUCUCUCACGCUCUACCAUGUCUUCAGAUCCCUCCGCAGGGUGCGCCGGAAGCAGUCCAUCUGGGCCAAGAAGGCCACCAAGACGGUCCUCUUGGUCAUCGCGGUGUUUCUGCUCUGCUGGUCGCCCUUCCAUGUCAUGCAGGUGCUCAACCUCACCGCCGUGGCCCCCACUCCUUCUUUCCUCUAUGCCUACCACAUCAGCAUCUGCCUGAGCUACGCCCACAGCUGCGUCAACCCCCUCAUGCUGCUCUGCUUCGCACAGAACUUCCAGGAGCGGCUCUGUCGGAGUAAGCAGUCCCACAAUGGCCAGCUGAGCACCUCCAAGCACACUGUGGUCAAGACUGACGGAGACUCCACCGUCACAGCAGAGACUAACUAUCGGAGCACAGUUAUUUAAACAUUUUAGGUGCCGGACGGAGUGAUUGAAGUUAUUGACAUGAAAGUGUCGCACUUUCAACUUGCACUCCUAGUUUCCUACCUCUGCCUCAGUUGUUUCUUGGUAGGUUUAUUACAUAAACAUUUAAUUUGGCCAUUGAGACAAAAAGGCAGAGACACAAUUUUCAAUAGGGCAAAAAACUUUUUUUCAAUAAUCUUAGAAAACUGGGUUGAUAGUUCGGGUUUUUACAUUAUCGUAAACUUUCUCCACUCUUUAAUUAUAACCAAUGCUCAUUUCACAAAACUAGAACCAAACAACUAAAGUCAUGCUGUAUAAAUAAUGCAUCAAAGUCUCUUAAGAACUCUUAAGUUAUUCACUUGUCAGUUUUGUAACAUUGGAAUUUCCAUAAUUGAAGAUCGCAUUAAUGUUCUGAUAAUAUCACACCAGUGCAAUUAUGUUGUUGCUUUAAUCCCUAGGUAAUGUCAGGUUCAGUGGGGGCCUGAGAGGUCAAGAUUAAAUCAAAGUUCAUCUGAAUAUAGCACUAGGUUAACUGUGGUUGUACCUGAAUGUGUAUGUGUAUGCGUAUGUGUAAAAAUAAUCUCUGGAGUGCAGUGAAUUACAGGGUUAUUAUUUGCAUCAAUGUUUUGAUUACAUUAUAAUUUCACAAGAGGAAAGCUUAAGUGAUUUAUGAUUAAGCCACCAGAAAGCCUGAUAUGCAAAUAUAACACAGAGCAAUCAAUGCAACCCAUUUUUUAUAACAUGUGGAACAGCUUUUGUUUAAAUGAAAAGGUUUGUAAUUUUAAAAACACAGUAAAACGUAAGACAAGAUGAAUCACCAUCGGGGUCUCUAGCCUUUCUUUUCUGUAUUAUGUAAGAAGGUUAUAUUGCAAAGUUUAUAACAAAGGAAGUGUUGAUGAAUGGUUUAUUAGAAUGCAGACGAUGCACCCCACAUUUCAAAAGACAGAGAGCAUUUAUGAUAUGCACUUUUUCUUUAGUGAGGGCUAGAGAUCACUUAUAAGACCAAUCUAGAUAUUAUGAUUCAAUAACUCAGUAUGCAGCACAGCCUCACUCCAAAGCACCUGGAAACUUGUUUUUUAUAGACAGCCACUCAAAAUUAAAGCUGUGGUUUCUCUUGUCAAUUUGUUUUAAAGGUAACACUUUAGUUUUAGCAUUAUAAAUAACCAAUCAAAUGUGUAAUGAAGGGUAUUCUAAAAAAAAUAUGAGAUGUGUAUUAAUAAUAACAGGCUAUGUCAAUACAGUGUUAUAAGAACAUGUAGCUAAGGUCCUUGCCGUCUAAGAAACUUAGUAAUAUGAAUGUGUUAUUCAAAUAUCAUUGUAAUAAACUGUUAUCCUAUGUUAAUAAUUUCCUCUAUGUAAAGUUCUAUAAAACAUAUAUGUAUGUCCUUACAAAUGGUUCGUAAACUGGAGUUUUUCCUUGUAUAAGUCUUUUCAGGUCAGUCUCACCAAUUGUAUGGGGCUGCUUUGCAUUUGCAAUACAGUUAUUAUACACUUUUUAUUUAUUUAUUUAUUUUUUUGUUGCCAUUGUUUAUAAUCACAUAUAACAGAUACCUAAACUAAAGUGCUACCCUUUAUUUUUUUUAUUUUUUACAUCCCAUUAUCCAUGAAAAGGUUGGUUUAGAACCUGUAUAGUGCUGAUAGAAAUAAGCUUUUGGAUUUAAACAUUUACUACCAGAGUAAAAUAUAUGUUUUCUAAAUAUAUUCAAAGCAAAUGCAGAACGGAAUGGAGAUGUCAAUAAUGCAACAACGUCACUGUUCAAGGGCAUCGUAAUAUUAUUAUUAUUAUUAUUAUAAGUAGUAGUAGUAGUAGUAGUGUUAUUAUUAUUAUUUAUUUCUUAGCAGGCGCCCUUAUCCAGGGCGACUUACAAUCGCAAGCAAAUACAAAUACAUUCAAGUGUUACAAUACAAGUAAUACAAUAAGAGCAAGAAAUACAAUAAUUUUUGUUCAAGUGUGACAAACCACAAUUCAAUAAUACAGCAGAUAAUAGUGAUAGUUACAUCAGGAUAUGAUUAAAUAGUGAUAGUUACAUCAGGAUAUGAUUAAAUACAAAAUACUACAGGUUAAACACUUGGCAGAUUACAAUAUUCUGAAGUACAGGAUUAAAUGCAGUAAAAUAGGGGGCAGAUAAGAGCAAAAUAAAGCACAUUUAAAUGAGUGUCCCAGGAUACAACAGAGGAGUUCUACAGGUGCUGUUUGAAGAGGUGAGUCUUAAGGAAGCGCCGGAAUGUGGUCAGGGACUGGGCAGUCCUGACAUCUGUAGGAAGGUCGUUCCACCACUGCGGAGCAAGGGUGGAGAAGGAGCGGGCUCGGGAGGCAGGAGAGCGUAGCGGAGGUAGAGCCAGUCUUCUAGUGCAGUAGUAGUAGUAGUAGUAGUAGUAGUAGUAGUAGUAGUAGUAGUAGUAGUAGUAGUAGUUUUUAAAGAUUUGAAAAAUAAAAAGUUGAAUUAACUGUUUUUGAUAGUUUUUAGUAGUAGUAAUAUCAUUUUAUAAUAUACAUAACCAUGUUAAACAGUGUUUACUUGCAAUGGAAUAUUGUCUAUACUUGAUGCAAUUAGGUCAUUAUAUACCUAAACAAAUGCUGCAUCAUUUUUGUAUACAAAACUUGAAAUGGUCAAUGUUCAGUCAAAGAAGGUAUAGUAACAGAAACUGUGCAUGCAAGUAUGCUACCAGUACUGCAAACAGAGUGCCUGGCAUACUGCUACAACAAUCAUUCAAACCGUUUAUGACAUGCUCAUAUACAGUAACAACCUAAAUCUGCAUGGAAAAAAAAACAGUUUUAUACAAAAUAAACCAUGCUGUGUACAAAUACCACCUGAAGCAGUAUGAUAAUCCAGAUCUGAUGGUGUAAAAUAUGAUUUGUUUGUACUGUGCAUUGUCUCAGAAUGCCUGGAGAUGUCCCUGACCAGCUAUUUAUAGCAUUACUGUCAUUACCAACAUGUGGCCAAAUCACAUUAUAACCCUGGGCCUAAUGAAUAGUGCACACAUUGUAACACAAGUGCCAGUAUUGGUUAGUUAAGUGUUUUUCAUGAAAUGCCAGCUGGGACUAGUCUAAUAGUAGAAACAGUAGUACUUUAUAACAGAGUGACCUGUGCAGAUUGUCAUGUGAACAAAUAGACACAAAGCACACAGUACAUUAGAAAACAGUAGAUAAACAGGAAAAGGCAUUACAUUUUAACAUGUUUCUUUAUUUUAUUUCAACUAAUGAUACAAAAUACACUGUAUGUUCACUAAAUGCCCGUAAAUGCAUUGCAGUGCUGUUUUCACUAUGAAGUCCCUGGUUGAGAAUUUUAUGCUGAAGUGGCAUUGUAACAUACUGUAUCUUAUUCCCCCGGUCUAUUCAUUGAAACACGUACUGAUAAAAUAAUAUGGCAUCAUGAAUGAUAAUGAUAUGUUUGGAGAAGGGUUCAAAUGGCACAGCGUCUCAUGAAAAGUACAACCAUCGUGCCAUUACAUUGUAACCCUGUCCAUAUAGGAAGGAUAUCAUGUGCUUAGUUCCUUGAAUAUGGUUCCUUUGAAAGGUUUUUUAUGCAGACAUUCUUAUAGCUGCCACUCAGGAUGGUGCAAUCUUAUAUGUAAUGUACUGUAUACAGUAUCAUAUUGUGAGUAUGAUGUCGAUAUCGCUGGCAGAAUUCAUACAGUUACAGGGUGUUGCUUUUAAAAUGUCAUUUAAAAUGUAAACCCCACAAUGUGUCAUAGACCACACCCACAUGUCAUGUGAUCUUAUUAUGCUGUAUACUAUAGCAUAGAUGGAAAUUGUUCUGAUUGGAUCAAAUGAACAGGGAGAAGUAACAGCAGUAAGUGUGUUAUUGAAAUCUUGCUAUUGCUUUUUGUGUGUGCUUUUGUAAUGCUAAUGAGAUGCAAAAAAUAAAAAAAAGAUUCUUAAUGGGGCAUCAUUGUAAGUGUUUACAAGUCUUUAAUUAACUCUUGUUUAUUGACAGGUAAAUAAAAAAAAAAAAAGCACCUAGUAAUUUUAACAAAACCACUGUUCAUCCAGACAACCAAGUCACUUUCUGUUUUGGUCUCAUUUUAUAUUUUAAGAAAUAGGAGUUAAUGAAAGACUGUGGUAAAGUCAGUCGAUAUGUAUUAUCUCUCGAAGCUGCGCAUAUGUUGUGUAUUACAAUUGAAAUUGUUUGUAUUAUUUCUAAUUUCUAAAAUUAACAAAACAAAAUGCCAAACCUGCAAGCCAGAGUUUAUCAGCUUUAAA